UACAUAAAUUUAUAUAAAAAGAUAAUUGGACGAAAUGCACAAAAUACUGUUUCACAAAAUGAAAGGACUAUUUUCAGAAUGGAAAACCUGCCAACCGAUAUUUUAUAUAAGAUGUUCGGCGAGAUGUCACCGCGAGAGUUAAAUGCACUUCGGAGUACUUGUAAGACUAUGCGGGACGCAGUGGAUAACUACAUGUGGCACAAAUGUGCAAUUAUAAGACACCGAAAUGACGCGUGUUCUAAAGUACUUGAUAUAAUUAUUAAAGCGAUGAAAUUUAUUGUUGGAAAACAAAGAGAUCUCAUUCCCAUCUUCAUGUUGAAUAUUAUUAUUACCGAAUUUGAAAAAUUCAACUCACAUUUUAUUUUUGCGGUUUUUCGUGUGCUAAGACAUAAAAUAUGGAGUAAUCUUAUUAGAAAAGACAAUGAGAUAUCGCAAGAUAUGAUAUGUGAUAGCUCAGAAUCGAUACAAAUAACUAAAAAACGUACCCAAUUUAUUUGCUAUCAUAUAACAGUAUUUAAAAUAAUUAACGAGUUACUAAGGUCUGAAUAUACCUCAUGUAAACUCCAUACUGAUGAUUCAGGAAUUUUAUUUGAGAAAGAUUUUGAACGUUGCAGUGACAUUCCAUUUAUAUUUGAUAUUUUAUUUUUUCUGUUCAGUGAACUUAACUCUGAAAAUACUGAAAAAGUUCGUACAUUCAGCCAAACAUCAAAAAUAAUAGUGAAACUGAUCGGUCCUUUGAAAAACACCAAGAAAAAAGAUGUUGAGUUUAUUUAUCAUUUUGAAUCACACGAAUAUGAUGGAAUUCGUAAAACUGAUUACAAAUGUAAAUUUAACCCUUCUGAUGCUCGAUUUGAAACCAUACCUUUUCUGUAUUCUUAAAAGAAAUCAUAUUUUUGAGAUUUUUUCUAGAUAUGUUAUUAAGUUAAACAAUAGGGUAUCCAUAUACAAUAGAUAUACAGCUAGAUAAAUCUAAUGUAUAGAUAUAUUUUUGUGAAAUUGUAUCAUUACCGAGUUACCGAAUUACCAAGGCAUCAAAUCUAAUCAUUUUUUCGAUUUUGGAGAAAAUGUA